AUGCCGAUUUCGUGCUACCCCGGACCUUAUCAAAAUGCGGAGGAAUGCGCCUAUGUCUACUCGCAAUGGUCCAAUUCCACGUUCCAGGAGCUGUCUCCAGUUGGAUAUGUUUACCCUACGGACGAGCCUUGCCCGCCGGUUGACUUGAGCUCCGGCGAGACCCCUGGGACUUGUGUUCUAGGGCCUGCACCGGUCUACACGAUCAACGCAACGGAACCAGCAGAGUUAGCGGCUGGUAUGGCAUUUGCCCAGAAGAACAAUGUCCGUCUCGUUAUCAGGAAUACUGGACACGAUCUGCUCGGAAAAUCCGAAGGUUACGGGGCCCUCCAGAUCUGGAUUAAGUAUAUCCGAAACGGCAUUUCGAUCCAAGAUAGCUAUGUGCCCUCUGAAAAAUGUGCCCAAAACGAUUGGACUGGUGCCGCUGUGACCAUUGGUGGCGGUUAUGUCUGGGAGGAUGUGUACGAAGUCGUCUUCCCGCGGAAUAUUACAGUUGUGGGAGGGGGUGACCCGACCGUCGGCUGCAUUGGCGGUUAUAUCCAGGGAGGUGGUCACUCACCGGCUAGCCAUGACUACGGCCUCGCUGCGGACCAAAUCCUCGAAGCUCAAGUGCUUCUCGCCAGUGGCCAAAUUGUCACUGCCAGUGCUUGCCAGAAUUCCGAUCUCUACUUCGCCAUCCGUGGUGGUGGCGGUGGAAGUUAUGGAGUGGUUCUUUCCAUGGUCGUUAAGGGAUAUCCCUCAAAGCCCGUUGUCGCUCAUUCCCUUGCGAUUAUGCCUCUUGGCAGCGAGACAGACACUCUCUUGGAGGCUGUGACUGAUAUCUAUACGGAUUAUCCCAGUCUCAUGGAUUUCGGCUUCAGCGGUUAUGGUACUUGGUCAAUCAAUGGUCCCCAAGUCCUCUUCGGGGAUCAGACGAUUGGCUACGUGCAUGCGCUUGCUGCGAUGGAUAAGUCGCUGUCGGAGGCACAGAAUGCAUUCCAGCCGCUUCUCCAGAAACUGCAGACCUACAACGGCACGUCCUUGUUCGUCUCGCUGACUUGGUACGAAUUCCCGACAUACGCAUCUUACUACCGAGCUAUGUCUGGUGCGCACCAAGCUGUUGGGACACCGAACUCAGCCAUGUCCUCUCGAAUGUUCAGCAAAUUGGCUCUUACCGCUAGCCGGACUGCUCUUCGUAGCACGAUUGGUGUCAUGGCUGGCCAAACGGAAGAAUAUACCAUCAACAGUGUUGAACUCGUCGCUGGUGGCAAGGUUCUUGAUGAAGACCCAUAUUCUGGCCUCAACCCCGCCUGGCGAUCUACGUACAUUGUGAGCGUUGUCGCCCGAGGCUGGGCGGAUGGCUCCAGUGCCGCCACCGCGCAGAGCGUCAAGAACGAUAUUACCUAUGUCAAGGGUGGGGCGAUGAGAGCUCUUACUCCCUUUUUGGGGAGCUAUAUGAACGAGGCUGACCGCAACGACCCUCUGUGGGCUUGGGACUUCUUUGGCUUGAAUUUCGCUCGUCUCACUCAAAUCAAGGCGGAGUACGACCCAACGGGCCUGUUCUACUGUCCCACCUGUGUGGGAAGUCCAUCGUGGUAUCAAAAGUACCUGGAUGGGAAGGACUAUGGUCCUCUUUGUCCCACUGGGCUUUAG